GAUCUUUAUCUUGCCACACCUGCUGUGACACGGGACCUCGGUUUUUGCGGUCUCAUCCGAAGGACCGCCCCAUUUAGUCGCCUCUUAUAACAAGCAAGGGGUACUGAGGACCUAUUCUAACCCGGAUCCCCACGGGACUUCGGAAUUUAGAAGCGAGCAUAUGACCUUAAAACGGAGGUCCCAUGUUGCGGCAGGCGUUGGCAUGUUAAAAAUAUAGUUCUAAGCGUAAACUUCGCGGGAAAUCAAUGACGUAGCAGAUUACGUGAGGUGCAUAGCCAAUGAAAAUAGGGCAAAUGGUAAAACAUUUCGAUGGUGCUUUAAUAGUUCAUCGAUUGGUAACAGACCAGGAAUGAAAGAAAAUCGGAACUUUUUUAAGUUAAAAGUCAGAAUAAGGAUUGAUUUAUUUAUUUUUUGUAAAAAGUUUUAUUAGGGAGAAAAUACAAUAUUCCAGGUUUACCCAAUGGCAAACCACCCGAGGUGUGUAUCUUGGUUCACUUAACCAAAUUAAGGAAUGAGCUUAAAGACAAAUAUAAAAAAAAAAAAAUUUAAAAAAAAAAAAAAAAAAGGUCUGGUGAUGGAGAGUGGGACGCGUAGCAAGAGUUGAUUUUCAAUCAACAAUGUAGCGUCGCCUGCGCUCUGGAUUAACACGGCCUUGCAUCAAAGAAGGGGGCGCCAUAACUGAUACCAAGCAGAAUUUUUAAUGUCAGCUUGUGGAGAGUUCAAUCGACGUGACAAGUAACGAUACGUGCCGUCUCGCACUGUCCGGAGAGGAGGACGGUCAACUGAUCGGUCAAGUAUCAAAGGUGUCUGUUCCCCCCUUAACUCCAGUUAAUAAACAGCUAGCAUUUUGUACAGAGCGAGUAGUUUUCCAUUGUACAUUGAAUGCGGCGCGUUCAGAGAGGAUUCACGUGACAACAGAGUCCAUUCCACUGUGUUAUACGAUGACAGGAUACCAAAGUCGACCACGGAAGUGAAUCACAUCACAGAAUGAAGAAUAAUCGUAGUCCAACAAGCCACCCUGUGGACAGGGGGUGGUCAUGGGUCAUUCUGCUAGCGUCCAGUCUUAUCUUCAUGAUAUACGUUGGUACUAUCAAAACUUCAGGCUUGUUUUUCGUGGCCUUUCAAGAACACUUCCAAGCCGAGGCGUCCACGACAUCGCUAAUCCCCGGGAUUCUUCAGACCGUCUACAGUACUGCAUCUCUUCCCAUCCUUACCUUUGGACUGCACCACUUUUCUGUCCGUCAGAUUAUAGUAGUCGGGGGAUUUCUAGGAUCCGUCGCCUAUUUGAUAGGAUUCUUCGCAGACCGCAUCGAAAUCAUCAUCCUAUCGCACGGUGUUAUAUACGGAAUGGGGUUUGCCACUCUUCACGGUCCUGCAGCCUUCAUGAUCGGUACAUACUUCGACAGGCGCCGUGAAUUGGCAAACUCCAUCCUAGUGGCAGCUUCCGGUUUCGGCGGUCUUGUCCUUCCGCCUCUCUAUCGGUACCUACUAGACGUUUACGGGCUCCAAGGAGCGAUGCUCAUCUUGUCAGGGAUCAUACUCAACGUCGUGGCUUUGGCAGGCUUUCUCAAACCUCCCUCUCUGUUUCAAACGCUUGCCGAUAAACUCAACAUCGAACCUAGUCAUAAAAUUUUGAGUAUCCGCGAAAUACAAGACGACAAAGGGCGUCCUCCAUUACAGAACGGGAAGCAGCGCUCGAUUUCACUGAGUGAAAGGGCGCCGUCGUCUGAGGUAGAAAAUGGCGGAGGUUGGGGAAGUCUGCCCCACCGGCUGGACGUCCGUUCACAUCAGAUUUCCAGUCCUACAAGGAGUGUUCAGAGUUUGGGAAGCACUGAUGCCGUCUACAGCUUUUCCCAAACACAACUAAGUGAAUCGUCUACCGACAAACAGAACAGACACAAAAUCAUUGACGUUUCAUUGUUAAAGAAGCCGUUACUUCAGUUGUAUAUGUUUGUCUAUUGUUUUGGUAGUAUCGGUUCAGCCUACGGUCAUAUAUUUAUAUCUCCCUUUGCUCGGGACCACGGCAUUAGUAGAAACGAUAUAUCUAUUCUGAUCUCAGUUACCAAUCUGUGUGAUUUCAUUGGACGAUUGACGUGUGGCGUGAUAGCCAAUCAACGGAUGAUGAAGAACUCCACCCUCGUGGCGGUGAGUCAGAUUAUUACUGGGGUAAUACUGGCUCUCUGCUCGUUUUACGGACCGUUCUGGAGUUUCAUUGUGCUUGCCAUUGUGUACGGUUUGUUUUCCGGCGCCAUUUUCUCCAUGACGCCCGCUCUCAUAGCUGACUUUGUUGGAAUGGAAAAUUUCAGAACGUCGUUCGGAAUUUUGAUUCUCGGACAAGGAAUUACCAUGGGUGGAGGUGCUCCAUUUUUAGGUUAUCUUCGUGACGUCACGCAAACCUACACGACAUCCUUCUAUUUUAUGGGAUCCCUGUUGCUGAUGUCGGGGCUGGCGUUGUUAUUGGAGCCUUGUGUUCGGUCCCGACAGGAAAACAUGGAAUCCGGAAAAAACGAUCCAGAGGAAGUGACUCUUUCCGUAUGACGUCACACCCACACAGUUUUAUAUAUCUUCAUUGUAAUAUACAUGUAUUAUGUUUGUUGAGGACCAAAACUUUAUAUAUAUAUAUAUAUAUAUAUAUAUAUAUAUAUAUAUAUAUAUAUAAAAGAAAGAAAUACAAUUAAUUCAUUU